GUGUUUCCUUUUUGAGUGAUUGAUUUAAAUUAGUGAGACGGUUUUUCCUUUUUGUGGGGAAAACCUUUGUGAUUGUUUUGUCUUUCUGUUUUUUGAGCAAAAGUGUCAAUAGUGGUGGGGUGUUUGCAUCAAAAAUGGUUGAAAAAAUGCAUAUGAAAUUGUGUCAAGCGUUUGUUUUAAUUUUCAUCAUUGCAACAUUUAAUGAUGUGAAUGGUUUAAAGGACGUUAGUGUUAAAAUACCAACAGCUGUGACGCCGGGUGAUACAGUAUCAUUAUAUUGUCAAUAUGAUUUAGAGAAUGAACCAUUAUAUACGGUCAAGUGGUAUAAAGGACGUCAAGAGUUCUACAGGUAUAUCCCAAAGGAACUACCAAACAUUAAGGUAUUCCCAUUACCUGAUGUGCCUGGCUUCACUGUUGAUGUUCAUAAAUCCGAUGCACAUGAAGUAGUUUUACGAGAUGUAAAAUUAUCAAUGGCUGGUAAAUAUCGUUGUGAAGUUUCAGUUGAUGCACCAUCGUUUCAUACAACCAUGGUUUCUGGAUAUAUGCAUGUCGUAUAUUUACCCCAAGGUGAACCAAAGUUAACAUUAGAAAAACAACGUUAUAGUAUUGGUGAAACAUUACGUGGAAAUUGUACAGCACCGCCAGCGUUGCCGCCAGCAAAUUUAACAUGGAUAUUAAAUGGAAAACAGAUCAAUGAAAGUUUUCUAAUGCGUAUCACUGUGGACAACGAAAUACCACAAACCGUAGAAACGACAGGCUAUAUGCGUGGCGCCACGAAUAUCAACAAUCUAAAUAACAUUAUCAGUUAUAAUUAUCCAUCAGUUCUUGGCACAUCAUCAAAUCAACAUCAACAAAUCCCAUCAUCACCAUCAGCGUCUUCAUCCUAUGGCGGAGGAAGUUCAGGUACUUAUGGAAGUGGUCCUGGUAGUUAUGGAAGUUCUGGUACCUAUGGAAGUUCAGGUACGUAUGGAAGUGGUCCUGGUACUUAUGGCCAUUCUAAUACGUACGGAAGUAGUUUGGAUUCAUCUUCAUCGUCAUCGAAUGUACCAUCAUCAUUAUCAACGCUGUUACUGCCAUCUGUAUCAACUGCAUCGUUACAACAGCCCGCGCAGCCGCAUCUGCCACAGCCACAAGAUACUCGACGACAAAGUACAAUAAUUGGUAUUCAAGUUGAAUUGAAUGCUGAUAAUUUUUUAGCAAAUCGUUUACAAUUAGAAUGCAUUGCAACUGUUUUACAAUUGUAUAAAACAAAAGCACGAAUUUUAAUUGAUGAGGAGAAACCAAGAUUGGCAUCGGUGUUGAGUACACGAGAUACUAAUGGUUCAACCUCUCACCAUUGUACAAGUUCAUUACAUCGUACUGCCACAUGGUUAUUAAUCGCCAUAUUUGUUGCCAGUGGUAUGUUCACACGGUAGCAGGUAGGCCCCCAAAAUCAUUUAUUAUGGUUACAACAACAAAAUACAACAUUAUCUAUCAAUAAUACAAGAAAAUUUCAACAAAAAUGUUAAU